AUGUUCAACAUCAUAUCAUGGAGUAUAAAGGAAUUGAUGUGCUAUCUUUUGCUAGUACAUUUUAUAUAUGAAUCCCAGUUUACCCUAUAUAAGCCCUUGAAGUGCCUGCCAGGGAACUAUAAGUCUUCUUCAACCUCAGAAGAUCCAGAUUCUGAAGGGAAAUCUGAGCAACACCUUGAGACCUCUACUCUCCUUUCAAAAUAUCUACAAGGUAGAGAUGAUGAUAUCUUGGUAUCAGAUCCCAGUAUUAGCCAAGAGGCCGUACUUCCAACAAAACAAUGGAGGACAAAACAGAGAGAAUUUGACAGGAAGAUACCAGUUGGAGAAAGCAUUCUACAAGAACUACAGAGUUUGUAUGGGAUGACUCGUCAUGAAGCUGUCACCACAGUUCAGUCCCCUAGGUUUUUUCUUGUAGCUGAUGCCGUUAUCAGUAACACGAUUCACACUCUCAAAGAGUUUGACAUAACAUCAAAGCAGCUUCAACGGAUGCCCUGGAUUCUUCUGCAGACUGCUGGUGAAGUAUCAUCUAAAAUAAGUAUACUUUCUGGGCCAUACUUAUUUCAAAAUUACUUUGAUGGACUUGGAUUUUGUUACUUUCCUCUUCACAAAAUACGACAGUACCAAAAGCUGUUUGAAUCAGAAUGGGAAGAAGUCCCCCAUCAUAAUAACAGGAUUUACUAUAUUGCGGACCGAUUAAUGGUACCAGUUGAUCACCUAACAGAUAAAAUAGUAAAAGUGCAUCGACUACUCUCAAUAGAUUUACAUCGUAUUGAAGUGUAUAUAGGACUCCUAAAUAAAUACAAUAUUCAGCGAGAAGACAUUCUGAAUGACUUGUGGAUUUUUUUUAAUAACAUGGACAUAGCUGAGAGAAGAUUGCAAGCAGUUAUAAGAGCUGGAUGCAAGAGACCAAAGCUGUGGAUGUGUCGUUGUACUGAAGAAGUUUUUGAGAGGACUCUCAAUAGAUAUCAGUCUCAGAAGGAUGUUCUUGGUGAAUGCAGAUCUCUUGAGGAGUAUUUGAUAAUGCGGUUAGGAUGUAGUUUAGAAGAUCUCAGGGAACAAGGGGAAUUUGACCAUACCUUAAGAAGAAUGAAUGUUCCAAAACUGAAGAAAAUGAUAGACAUGCUGUUGCAAGAAGGUUUCUCUACUAAACAGAUUCUACAUUCUCUACGACUGAUGAAAUAUUCAGAACACCGAACAAGAACAAGGAUUCAACGCUUAAAGGAUUUGGGAGUUACAAAAAUUAUUCCCAGCACUCUUUACAAGAGUCCUCGAAGUUUUGAAUCUUAUUGUAACACUCUUGAGGAGAAAGAGAAAUAGGGAGGUAGAUGAUGUAUAAGUAUGUAUAUACGUAAUAUAAAACAUAUAAUUUUUCAGUGAAAUUUUAUUUAUUGUAGUUUCAGACCAUGAUCAAAUGCAUUCAAUAAUGAAGUAUUAAUUAAGAAAGCUUGUGAAAAUUUCAGAAUUGAUUUCUUAAUCAUGACAAAGUUUUCAAGUAAUUUAUAUUUUUUCCUAACAUACAAACCUGAGGUCUUUACAUAUAUUGCAAGCUGGAAUCAGUUAUCUCAUGCAUCAUUUGUCUCCAAGAUCUUUAAGGCCCCUCUUACAUUGCUUUUUAGCUGUAUUGUAGCAUACAUUUUGUAAAAUAAAGCACCAUUAAAAAAGAUGAAGUCUGCUAAAAGGAAAAUACCUUGAAUAGUUUACCAGGAAAAUGUAAAUCACUCUACCAAAUUAGAAUUUCUAUACUUUUUGAUAUGUGAGAUUAUGAUUCAUACAUUGAAAAAAAACUUGGAGGUUAAUAAAAGUAAGCAAAGUAAA